AUGGGUUCUAUUUGGAUCGCAGACAUACCUCGCCCGGAGUUGACAGACGUUAAGAAGAGCGGGCCAUUCAUCACGAAUGUGGAGCAUUUGUCUUCUUAUAAUUGGAUUGAAUCUUCCAGCCCCACCAUUGCUGUCCCCGGCUGCCCCCCUCUUUGGUCUCCACCCCAAACCCCCAGAAAAGUGGCCAAAGACUCCGGGCUCAUUUACAUUGCUCAAAACGCGUUUCGCCAUCCUGAAAGUCCGCUAGAACCACUUUUUCGUUCGCUGUACACUGAAAAACCUUCAUACAACAUACAUCAAGUUGACUUGAUAACUGAUCGAAACAACAUCCGCAAACUUCUGUCGUUCGUCAAUCCAAAUCUCUCUAGAAAUGGACUGGAGCCUUUUACCAUUGAAAUUGAGGCCACAAGCAAUACAGCAAUUUUUUGUCGGGCAGAAACCGAAACACAUACAUUCAUCGGGCCACACGAAUUCAGAGGCUACGGUCACGAGUUUGAGAAAGUUUUCACAACAACUCAAGUAUCUGGCAGCACUGGACAUCAUCGGAUUAUCUCCUAUAACUUGGGCGAUUUGAAAUUCGUAGUCCGCUACGAGACUGACGCUUAUGUUGAUGUGGAUUCGGAAAAUGAGAGUUUUCUGAACAUGAUGGAAAAUCUGUCUCUUACGCGACCCGAGUCUUACUCUCGUCUUGCCACCGAGUCCAAAUUAGUGGUUCAGAAAAAAGGAAAACAGGUCCCAAUCAAUUCAACUCUUGAGAUCAAAACGCGCGUAUCCCACAAGCCUUUCAACAUCCAAGACGUUCUUCCACAGCUAUGGGUAUCGCAAACGCCCAAUCUUGUCCGUGCCUACCACAAUGGUGGCACAUUCGGACUGCCGGAAGUCAAAGACGUCACUAGUGAGAUUGAUGAAUGGGAAAGAAACCAUGCUAGUGACAUUUGGAGAUUGGUUGUAUUGGUCAAGGGAAUCAUGAGAGUGGUGAGAGAGAAUGGUGGGAAUGCUGUCGUAAAAUAUGACGGUCGAAGUGACAGCCUUGCGGUUUUCAAGAGAGAAGGGAGCAGGAUGUUACCCGAUGAUCUUUAUUUGAGACUCGGCGAUGAAACGCGAACCACUGAAGAGGUUGAAUCAAAAUGUCGCAAAACAACACUCAAAAUUGGGAAUACUUUUCACAAUGUUGACAUCUCAACGAUACCAUAUUUAUCAGCCUUCAUCAGAUUUCAACGUCUUUCCCAGCCGCAAAAAACCAGUUUCGUUCACGGCGAUAUUUGUUUGUUUGACGUUGCUCUCAGGGGCUUGGAAUCAGGCUAUCGGCAAUGUUUCCGCUCUUUGCGAGGUGAUAUCCCUCAGUAUCACACUCUCUGUGACACAUAUGAUUUCCUCGGGAUUGACGUACUCGCCGGACAGUCAAUUGAUAAUAUCUUUGCAGAUUUGAGGGCCUGCAAAACUGAUUAUGAACUCGAGUAUAAACGUUAUCGUGCCGUAAGGGGCGAUAAGUCUCGAGCACGGGACGCGGCAUUCCGACUUCUAUUUCUGAUAAUAUAUGGUGAAUUCAGCGAUGAAAACAAAGAUCGUGCCAAGGUUUACAACGCCGUGCUAUUCGUUGUCUCUCACCCAGGAACCUUUAAACAGAGUACGAGAAUUGCAGUGCGGUCGGUUUUUGAGGAGCGCUUUGUCGUGUCCACGAAGCAACGAAGCCAAUUGGAUCGUUGGAAUAGGGAGAAUACCACCACUUCGUCAGGCGACGAGAACACAACCGAGUAUGAAUCUGAUGAGCCAUAUUUUUCUGACGAGUCUUAG